CUAACCCACUCUACUCCCAUCCACUCGCACGCUCGUUGGCACUCGCUCUCCAUUCACUCACCUCCUCUUCCCCUCCACUCUACCUAGUAGCCACUACUGCUGCCACUACCCACUCUUUUUUUCCUUCCCAAACUCCCACCGACCUUUUCUUCUCUCCCCCCUUACAAACCCAUCAUCAUCAUCCUCUACCUAUCUGCCCUCCGCCCCCCCUCCCAACUAGUGGAUAUGCCCGCCUGUCGUUAGAGGAUCCAUUGGCGACCAUGUUUCAAGCCCCUGCACCAAUUACCUGUUGUUCCACAUCCUAAAUAGCUUCCCCAAGUACACAACCACUCACGUCCUGAAUCGUCAAAGCAACAACAACAACAACAUCAAACAACAUCAAGUCCACACCAUCGCCAACUUCAUCCCGCCCCAACCACGUCUCGGUAGUGUCGUGCGAAGUAUACCAAACGUUUUUGUCAAUACAUGGGCUGGCCUGAAGCUAGUCCGCCCUGCCUAUCGUGGAUAUCAAUCUCCUCAUCGAGCCUCGGGGCUCCGAGUCCCCGGCGAGCAAAAAAAGCUCAACCUCGACAAACUCGAAUUCUGCCUCAGUGUCAAGAGGGUACACAAACGCACCCCCCGCGUACCCUCAUUCCGCUGUGUACGCGAGCUCCUGUUCCCCUCACCCUGCGCCGCUGCCUGCCUAUGUAACUUCCUCGCCACAAUACGGUGCGCCUCCCCCAGCAUAUUCGACCACUGGACCUCCGCCGGGGCUAUCUAUGCAAGGUGGACCGGUUCUCCCUGCCCUCUCCGAACUCCAUCGACAUCCCGAUCCCGGUCCACCGCCGCAGUUCCGUCCUCUCUACUCGGGCCAGCCGGUACCAGCGCCAGCCUCCCACGGGCAACCAGGCUCCAAUGGUUCUCCGCCCCACCAGAUGAUCAAAAGGGCUGCUUCGCAGACGCCACUUCAGGAUGAGAGCCCUGCCAAAAAGCAAUCAAAAUGGACCCCAGAGGAAGACAAUCUCACCAUAGAACUACGUGGGCAAGGCAUGAAAUGGGACGACAUUGCCAAGCGCUUGCCAGGACGGAGCUCCAUCUCGUGUCGCCUGCGCUACCAGAACUAUCUGGAAAAGCGCGCUGUCUGGGACGAAGAAAAGAAAAACAAGCUCGCAAGACUAUAUGCUCGAUUCAAGGACCAGAUGUGGCAAAAGGUGGCUACAGAGAUGGGAAUCCCAUGGAGAUCGGCAGAAUCGAUGCACUGGCAAUUGGGAGAGCAGGAGAUGAGCGCUCGUGCAAAUGCUCCAGUGUUCCAACUGCACCCAUCCGCUACGAGCCUCAGCUCACCCCCAACAUCGCUUGUGGUGCCCGCUCCCAUCCCGGGCCCUAUUAUCCCAGCACCACAUGGCUUCACGCCCACGAAUGUUCCUCAGCACCAACUAGUUCCUCACCAAGCUCCACCGCCUCACACACAUCAGCAUCAGCCACCAGCGCCACCAGCACCUCCUUCAUCGGGCCCGGUUCAUCAUCCAACAUACCACCAACGCACCGAAAGUGGAUCGGGGCAUCGAAGAAGAAGCAGCUCCUUCAGCCGACGGCGGGCAGAUGCCAGAUCUCGGUCCAGCGUGCCACCCCAACUCGGUCCCACCUUGCCACAAAUCAAUCCUCGAUCUGAAGCAGACUUGAUCAGCGGCGCUCGAACUGCGCCCGUCCCCAGCUCAUAUCUUCCCUUGAGAAGAGAGGACGGACACGAACGAAUGGACGAGCCUUUUGGGAAAAGAAAACGCGAGGAGGAGGGCGGAUUGAGGACAGACACCGAAACGAGAAGUCUUGGUGGAAGGAGUCCGGACCGGUCCUCGCAGCGCAGUACCACAGGCAGCGUGAAGAGCCUGAAGAGAGGGGAUCCGGACGAAUCGUAGGCCAACAUCACGAACACUCCGAUCGUAUUGUCACGACGGUGGGUGUGCAGUAAUUUGCAAACAGCAAUCCUGGAGAACGGGGCCUUUCUCUGUAUUCGGGCAGGUUACCGAGUCAAACGAGCGUGUUCGAAUGAGUAAUGACGAAUCAAAACAGCAACAUAGGUGCAUAGAGUUUGGGUUGGGUCGGUUUGCAUAUCAAAGGCACGGGGGCUGAAUAUGGGUACCGCUUCGCAUUGUCAACAUCAGCAUUUCUGGUCAUUUUGAGCGGCUCUAUGUCUGUGGUAUUUAGCGCUGGGUGCGGCACGGUGUUUGUCGCCCUUCAUUUCCCUGGCUAUUUUCUUUUAUUUCUUUUUCCUCGUCAUCAUCAUUCGAGUCAUUUUCCGACAUCAUAGCGAACGGAUGCCUGAAAUUCUGCAUCUUCUUUCCCUCUUUUCCGUCCCCCUUUCUGCAUUAGAUAUACCAUAUUGGCGGGUAGCGCUCACGGUUCUGCAUUUUGAUUUCCAGCAAGUGCAUCCUCCAUUGUCUAUAGAUCAAGCUCUUUUUUUUUUUUUAUCCCGUCCAGCACUGCGUUUUUUAGAAUAUCUACUCUUGUGGCU